AGAGAAGAAGAAGAGGAGGAGGCGGAACAAGAAAUCAGGAAUCAGCUGUCAAAAAAAAGUAGCUGAAGUGUAAGCAACGGAUCAGAAAGAGGUAUGUUCGGCUCCUGUGUGCAGCACUGACUGGUUUCCUGCCUGUGAGCUCUGACUGAACACGACCGCGAAGAUGCCUGCAGUCUCCACCGGGGUCAGAGAGCUGUAUCUGUCCACAUCUCUGGGUGAACUCAAUAAAAAGGCUGAAAUUAAGCCAGACAAGACGAGCACCAGAAGCUAUGUUCAGAGUGCCUGCAAACUCUUCAAGGUGGCAGAGGAGUGUCGUCUGGACAGAGAUGAGGAGAAGGCGUAUGUGCUGUACAUGAAGUAUCUAACAGUAUAUGACAUUAUCAAGAAAAGACCAGACUUCAUGCAGCAACCGGAGUAUUACAUGACCAUGCUUGGGCCAAACAGCUUCAAGAAAGCCAUCGAAGAAGCCGAGAAGCUCUCUGAAAGCCUUAAACUCAGGUAUGAGGAAGUUGAGGUUCGAAAAAUACUUGAGGAGAAGGAGAGACAAGAGGAGAAGAAAAGGAGGGAGGAAAUAACAGAGAAAUAUGGCGGUCGAAGCGCUCCAAAAGUGUCAUCAGCAAACAAGAAGGACAGCAAAAAGGUGAAAGGAGAACAGAAUGAACUCAAGAACACAACCUCAAAAGCUGUGGUGCCAGCUGGUGGGAUCUCAGCUGAGAGGCUUUUCCACAUGAUGAAGGACCAGACGAUAACCUUAAUUGUCAUGGAUGCCCGCAGCCACAGGAACUUUGAGGAGUCUCGCAUUCAGGUCCCAGGCCAGACCUGCGUCAGUGUGCCUGAGGAGGCCAUUAGUCCAGGAAUCACUGUGAAUCAGAUUGAGGCGAAGCUGCCGGAGGUGUCUAAAGAGCAUUGGAGAAGGCGGGGAUUUGUGGAUUAUAUAGUCCUCCUGGACUGGUUCAGUUCUGUCACUGACCUGACUCUUGGCACCACCUUACAGAGCCUCAAAGAUGCCCUCUUCAAGUGGGACAGCAUCACCAUCCUGCGUAGUGAGCCGCUGGUGCUGGAGGGAGGUUACGAGAACUGGCUGUUGUUUUACCCCAUGUACACGACCAACGCUAAAGUUCGCGCCCCUAGACAGGAUAUCAUCAGCACCACCCCUCAGUUGAACUUUAGCUACCCAUCCCUCGAGGAACCAAAGCCUCCGACCCCACCUCCACCAGAGCCUGAGGUUACACCCAAGCCUCAGGAACCCUCUGCUCCUGUGCUGGUGAACGGGGUUCCACCAGCAGAACCCCCCACAUCUGAAACUUCCAUGGUUACCGACAGGCUGCCAGAUGCUGUCGAUUCCACCGUCGCAGGCUCCACAAAUUCUGGGCAAGACCUUAGUCAGAAGGGCCCUGCGGCAGGCACAUCCAGUCAGUCGCCUGCAACAACCAAGGCCUUCCCCCAGUUUGACCGUACCAAGAAACCCUCUGUCCGGGUGUCGAACGAUCCCAAGCCCAGCCAGAACGGGUCAGCAAAGGACUCCUUGCAGAACGGCCGACUUGCCCCUGACCGCUCAGUCAAACCACCCCUCAUCCCCAACACUUCUCUGUCUAAAGAAGAACAAAGCCAGAUACACUCUGAGGCGGUGGCAGGGAUGGAGAAGGCGAAGCAAGAGCAGGAGAAACGCAACCAGGAGCGUCGUGUAGAGGAAGAGAGACGGGAGAAGGACCAGAAGGAAAGGCUAGAAAGGGAGCAAAGUGAAAAGAGGAAGAAGGAAGAUGAGGAGACUGGAACUCAGGAGAAAAAGAAACUGGAAAGGCAGAAGGCUGAAGAAGAGGAAGAUAAAGAGAACAGGGGGCGGGUCGGGAAGGAGAGGAGGGGUAAGGAGCAGAACUCUGACACUCCCUCCAAGAGUAUGUCUCUGGACUCUCCUGCUCCCAACCAUAUCGUUAGUGAAAUUAAGAGGGAGCCCCUGACCCGAGCAAGGAGUGAGGAGAUGGGUAGGAGUGUACCAGGCCUUCCAGUCGGUUGGAUGAAGUUCCUUGACACGGUGACAGGGACCUACCGAUACUACCAUUCCCCAACCAACCGUGUCCACCUCUACCCUCCUGAGGUCACUGUUCCCCAGACCCCACCCUCCACGCCGCCAACAGUCAAACAGAAACCACCGCGAGCAGCUGAGCCAGACACCAGCAGUGAGCAAGAGCGGGAACAGUCUAAACUGAAACGCUCCUACUCCUCCCCUGAUAUCAGCCAGGACUUGAGAGAGGAGGCCCAGAAGAAGGCUGCCGCCCCGAUCACUGCUGCUGUCAUACCCACCAUCAACAGAGAGACAAAACCUCCUAGUAAAGUCUACUCUAAAGUGGAGAUUGUUCGGCCAUCAGCUGCCAAAAUUCGCAACCUGAAUCCUUCAUUUGGAGGUCUGGGUCCAUCACUGACUGGCCUUCGUAACAUGGGCAACACCUGCUACAUGAACUCCAUCUUGCAGUGUCUGUGUAACACUACGGGCAUGGCUGAGUACUUCAACAACAAUUACUACCUGGAGGACAUCAACAGGUACAACAUACUGGGCCAUAAAGGGGAGGUGGCAGAGGAGUUUGGUGUGAUCAUGAAGGCCCUGUGGGCUGGUCUGUACAAGUGCAUCAGUCCGCGGGACUUCAAGAUCACCAUAGGCAAGAUCAAUGACCAAUUUGCGGGCUAUGACCAGCAAGACUCCCAGGAGCUGCUGCUGUUCCUCAUGGAUGGGCUCCACGAGGACCUCAACAAGAGAGCGGACAACAGGAAGCGGUACAAGGAGGAGGAAAACGACCAUCUGGAUGAUCAGACGGCAGCCGACUUGGCCUGGAGCAAACACAAGCUGCUCAAUGAGUCCAUCAUUGUAGCACUGUUCCAGGGGCAGUUCAAGUCCACUGUGCAGUGUCUGACCUGCCACCGCAAGUCACGGACAUUUGAGACCUUUAUGUACCUGUCGCUGCCUCUGGCCUCCACCAGCAAGUGCUCCCUGCAGGAUUGUCUGAGGCUGUUCUCCAAAGAAGAGAAGCUGACCGACAACAACAAGGUGUUCUGCAGACACUGCAAGGCCCACAGAGAUUCCACCAAGAAACUGGAGAUCUGGAAGGUCCCGCCCAUCGUCCUGGUGCACUUAAAACGGUUCUCCUACGAGGGGAGGUGGAAGCAGAAGCUGCAGACUCAUGUCGACUUCCCUCUAGACACUCUGGACCUGACCCAGUACGUCAUUGGACCAAAUCAGACACCGAAGAGAUACUGCCUUUAUGGAGUUUCUAACCACUACGGGGGUUUAGACGGUGGCCACUACACAGCCUACUGUAAGAACGCGCCCAAACAGCGCUGGUACAAGUUUGAUGACCACGAGGUGACCGACAUCUCCACCACCACCGUCAAGUCCUCCGCAGCCUACAUCCUGUUUUACUCCGCCCUGUGAUGGAGCCGUCGGACACGAAGACAGAAUACUACACCAGAGCAGCGGAGCUCAAGAGCCUAGAGGUUGAUUUUUUUUUUUUUUUUUUUUUUUUUUUAAUCACAGCUCUGAGGACCUGGUGCACGUAGUUGCAGGUUCAGUAGUCGUGUAUGAGCACACGAGGACGCACUCGAGCGAGUGGCGACGAGAUCCCGUCUGUGGCAGAUCUGAGGAAUGUGCAGACAGCACAAUGCUUCAGCUACUAGAGGACCUUAUACCUGUUAAAACAUGCCGUCUGUUCAUAUUACUGAUCAUCUAGCGAAUAAACGGAUGCUCCUUUUACUCUGACUUCUCGGUAGUUGUGUUGUAGGGCUGACAGCUGGUUCAGAUGCUCUUCGCUCUCAUUUCUGUUGCACUCGGCGGGGACGGCUGUAUCGCAGAACUUGAUCAGCUUCCUUGUACCGUGUCUACACCGGGGUCAACCGUUAGACGGCAUGUACAUACUUACCGAUGCUGAUGUUGCACAUUCAAAAAUGUAAAUACUGGAGGGCAAGGUGUUAAUCUGUUAAGUGACCAAAUUAGAAUUUUUUCUUUGAACGUAGCAGCCAUCAUAGUAUCACCAUAUUCAUAACGACAGACUGUGUUUUAGGGGUUGAACUCGAUAGACUUCUGUUGUUUAACAUGAUGUUAAAGGGGAUGGAGGAGACCGUGAGCGUUGACUUUUGCAUUCUUCCUUAAGAGAGGAGGGACCGGAGAGUGUUGCGUGUUCAUAUUAGCCACAUUGUUGCACUCACACAUUAUACAAUCAAUUUAAGUUGUUUAUGUAGAGCACUUUGUUGAACAGCAGACAUUAAUACUCGACUCGGAACGCUUUAAAACUAUACUGAUGCUGAGAGCUCGGCUGUCUUGCUGUUACCUGCUUCUAUAAAGGUUGUUGUAAAAUGUGUUCUCUGUUAAACAUACGUAACUCUUUACAUUAUUAUAUUCAAACACAAAAACUAUUUAGAGGACAAACUACUGGGAUAACUUGGCAUCCUUCUCGGCUUACAUCAGUGCUGCUGGUUGUGAAAGUUUCCAGGAGGCUGUAAUUUAGAUUUAUCUGAUUUAUUUUGUUUCUGUGUUCAGUACUGACCCGGGAGAAUAUGAAGACUUGAGAAAUUGACCUUAUUCGCUUACAGAAGCGUCAACAUUUGCUGCCUGACUGACUGACAUGAGCAAGCACAAAGUGUACCGAUGUAUCUUCUGAACGGACCAGAGAUCUGAGGCGACAGGAUUUGACUUCUUAAGUAAAGUUUUAUUGCCAAGCAUGAGAUCAUAAUCUGUUUUCUUUUUACUUGUACAUGUUGAUUUUAUUUCUUAAUGGUCUUUCAGAUAUAACAAUUAUAUUAACCUCCUACAACUCAUGACUAUUUAUUAAAACUGCUUCAAAUUA